AUGCCACGGUGGCAAACUCACACUUUCCGCUUACACGAAAAUACGGCUGCGCGUCCACCGGGAAAACUUUAUGUCACCUUUUUCUUUCUCUUCGUUAAGUUCUCCACCUUCCGUACUGCCCUUCUUUCUUUUUCUUUAACUUUCCGUUCUUGUUCCCUUUUUGUUUUUUUAACUUUAAUUUUAUUUCCCCUCCCUCAAUCCACGGUAGACUGGUUGUGCUUUAUUUUUUAUUUUUUAUUUUCCCCCUUACCUCUCUUCUAUCUUAUUAAUCUCUUACACAGUUAUUUUUUGUUUUUUGUUUUCGGUGUUGUUUUUGUUGUUGCAGCUUUGAUCCACCCUUCCUUUCCUUUUUUUUUUAAUAUAUAUAUUUUUCCACUGUGGGUAUCCAAAAAAAGAAAAAAAUUAACGUCAACAACCUCCGAGCGCAGUGAUUGA